UUGUGAACUUUCAGGUCAGGUUAUUUUGCUACUGGUAACAUGUAACCCAGUACAACCUGCUUCGUGUUAACAUCAGGAGGGGUCUUCUGUUGUAAAAUAUUGCUUUAACACUUUUAUAAUGGCAUUUAUAUGGAGAAUCAUCCAAACCACACAACUGUGGAAACAUGGAUGUAAAAUAAAAAUUAGCUUUACAUCUGUUUUGUAAAUUAUCUUAUUUUUUAUUGUAUAAAUGUUCGUCAAUUAUUUUAGCUUGUCACAAUUUCAAACAGUGUUCAAACCUCACUUGAAGCAGAACUUGUAAUGGAAACAUCUUUCACACAACGAAAUAAUGCACGAGAAACUGUUUGCUUUUUAACAGAAUUUGAAUUAUUCAAGUCCUAUUUUUUGUCAGCUGAAAAUGUAUAUAAUGAGAGCAAGAGAAUGCUACAAGUGUACCAGUUAAAUGAGAGCUCACCAUACAAAGAUAAUGGAUUAGACUUUGAAGGGGUUCAAGUUUUAAUGAAAGAUUCUCUUAGAAAUAUUUGCAUUAAAUGGGCCCCAUUUUUAAAGAGAUAUUCAUCUCUUCUUAAUCUGGUAAAAAUGGUUAACCAUACUAUGGCUACUUCUGAUUCAAAUAUAAUCGGAUUUCAAUUUAUUGUAGCUAGAUGUCGUCAAAAAGUAGAAGAAUUUACUGAAAAGAAUAUGAUUCGUCUUCAAUACGAAAAUGGAGAUUUUGCUGUUACGUUUGAUAAAUUUUCUAUUCCUUGUGCAAACUUAAUUGAAGUUCUUCUUGUCAGCUCAUCGUUAAGUGUGGGCUUUAAUUUGAUACAUUGCAGAAAACAAGAGGCAGUAUUUGAAAUAUUGGAAAUAAUAAUGCAUAUUAGAAAAAAGAGUAACAUUAAAAUUGUUUAUAAUAAAUGGAGAACCACUAUGGGUUGAAGAAAAUAUUGAACUUCUUCCUACCAAAAGUAUUGGAGAGAAAGAACUGUCUCUAUUGAGAAUUCUUUCUCUUCAUAUACAGGUGAAAAAAGUAAAAAAAUCGUUCAUCUGGAGAGUGGAACUUAUUUUACCAAUUUAAUUCAAUUUCUGUUAAUUGUAAAAAACUUGUUUAAUUGUAAAAAACUUGUUUAAUUGCAAAAAACUAAUGAGGCAUAAGCAUAUCAAGUCGUUAGCAGUCGAUUAAAUUUUCAAAGUUACAAAAAAACACUUUAAAAACUUGUAUUACAACUUUAUUUUAAAUAUAUGCAUUUUUUUUUAUUGAUAAUUUGUAUUUGUUGUA